AAGACCUGCUGUCGAAGGCUUGCCGUCGAUCGGUUGUCUUAAAAAAUACAUUUUACUGUAUCAAAAAUAUCAACAAUUCCAUCUUAGCAUUUAAAAUGGCUUCCUCAAAUGAAAGCUUGAUAUUGAUUGCAGUUGAUGGCAGCGAACACAGUUCUCGUUCAUUUGAUUGGUAUUUAAAGAACAUGCACCAGGAAGGCACCACUGUUGGRCUACUACACGUGCAUGACAUGUCCAACGUUAUUGUCAAGAUACCAUUGGGAUCAGAUCUCCCCACAGAUGCUAUAGAAAAAAUUAUCCAAAACAGUUGGGAAAAAGUUGAUAAUCUUAUUGACAAGUAUAAGAAAAAAUGUGAGGAAUUCAAGAUCAAAUAUGUUGUGUUUGUGGAGACAUCUGGUAAACCAGGUGAGGUGAUUUGCAAGAUAGCCAAGGACAAGAAUGCACAGAUGAUUGUCUUGGGUUCCAGGGGAUUAGGAACUAUCCGCAGGACUSUUCUUGGUAGUGUUAGUCAUUAUGUGGUUCAUCAUGCAGAUAUUCCUGUAACAGUUAUUCCACCAAUUUCCCACUGAUUUGAAUAGCAUUGUAUACAUGCAAAUUGCAUCUAGGAGGCAUGAAUAUUAAAAUGGAAAGUAAGUUGACAGUAUGACAUUACAUAUGGUAUGCCUUGUAAUUAAGCAUGAUCCUACACCUAGCCAAUAUAGAAUUUUAAGUAAUAUUAUAUCACAAUUUCAUUAAGAGGAAUAACUAUGAACUGYGGUGGGGGCUCCUUACAGCAUUUGCACGGCAGAUUACACUUUAUUAAAUUAUGUAUACUAAAAACUAGUUAAUUGUAGUUAGGUUAGGUUAGACUUGUAAAACGUUUUCUCAAGAGCAGACCAUAAUAAUAUGCCCAUAGACUUGCAUGGUACAAAACCCUUUAUUUUAAGUUGUUUAAUAAUCAUGUUAUAAUCAUUUAUCAAUUUGGUCUAUGUACUAUUCGAUGCGCUCAUUUGGGGCACUAUAUAGUAUACAUUAUUAAGGUCUAAAAUGAAUUUAUUAGGUUUGUUAAAGUAUAUAAUUUGCACUAUUAAAUUAAAUGAUAUAAAAAAGAUAGUGGUGUUUAAUAAUAAGCAGGAGUGUUUUACCAGGUUUAAAAUUAGGAGUCAUAGCCAAAUGGUUGACAAUCUGCAAGCUUAUUGAACAGUUUGAAAGACACAGGAUUAUUUCACAAACCUUUGGUUGAAUUAAAGUGAACAUAAUUAUAAUUCA